AUGGGGCGCUGUUCGCUGGGUGGUCACCCUUUCCGGUGUCGCGGCAGGGGCUAUGUGCUCUACCUGACUUACAAGACGGUGCUGGAGGGUGGCGGCACGCAUGAGGUCUACAAGGCUGUCGAGCUGCCCCUGAAGGUGUCCCAGACCGCGGCCAUCUUGGAGGUGGUGCACUCCCUGGUCGGCCUCGUGCGCUCGCCACAGCGGCAGCAGCGGCAGCAGCGGCAGCAGCGGCGAUUGUAUCAGGGGCUGCGGUGGGCCCAGCAGCCUGCAGCUCGCACGGUCGCCUCUCGGAUCUGGUGCCUCUGGGGCAUCGUCGUCGCCGCCCCGGACGCCACCGUCGGCGGCGGCAUCCCCGCCAAGCCGCUAGCCUACGUGGGCAACCUGCCCAUCCAGCUCAACCUGAUCAGCCUGCUGACGGCCUGGUGCCUGUCCGAGGUUAUCAGGUAUGGCUUCUUCGCCCUCAAGGAGCUGCUGGCGGAGGCGCCCUACGUGUCCACGUGGCUCAGGUACUCUGGCUUCAUCCUGCUCUACCCCAUCGGCGUCGCCUCUGAGCUGACCAUGGCCUGGCUGGCCCUCCCCGCCCUCAAGGAGAGCGGCCUGUGGUCAAUCACCAUGCCCAACAGCUACAACUUCGCCUUCUCAUACUACGUGGCGUGCAUCAUCGCCAUGCUCACAUACAUCCCGGGCCUCCCCCAGCUGUACGGCUACAUGCUGGCCAACAGGCGCAAGGUGCUGGGCGGCGGCGCCAAGAAGAAGAAGACCGCAUGA